AUGGCGUCUAGUGCCAUAACAAACUACAAAUUUCAGGAUUCCAUAGGUAGAUGUAAAGAGGAUUACACAGGUGAUGUCUUCCAUUUAACAUCUCCCAACAAGCUAACAUUUGAAGAAGCUGCACGUCAGUGUGAAGAACGAGAUGCAGUUCUGGCUACUGCUGGUGACCUGCAUGCUGCCUGGAGAGAAGGCUUUGACCAAUGUGACUAUGGCUGGCUGGCUGAUGGAAGUGUGCGUUAUCCUGUUGCUGUGGCAAGAAUCCAGUGUGGUGGAGGUUUACUUGGAGUGCGAACUCUGUAUCGUUAUGAGAAUCAAACAGGAUUUCCUUUCCCAGACAGCAGAUUUGAUGCCUACUGCUUUAAACGUAAGGAGAAUAUAUCUGAUUCUUCAUUGGCUGAACUGGUUAUACCUUUGGAAAGUGGAUCUGCCAAUUUAGUAACUGAACUAAAGACUAUGCCUUCGAAAGCUGCACUUCAUCCCCACAUCUCUUCAGUCACACCAGAAGUGACUAAAGCGAAACAGGAAGAAAAGGUACUGAAGAUCAUUAGUUUAUCCACUGUUCUACCUCAAACAAUUACAGACAUUUCUGAUUUUUCAGAAGUUCCUGAACAAGAUUCUGUGCCAAGUGAUCUAGUAGUGACCACACCUACACAAGAUGUCUUUGACUUCAGCAAGGAAAGUUCUGAAAGUCAGACUGAACAAAUAGAGGUGGGACCAAUAAGGACUUCAGUAGAUGCUCUACUGAGAAAUGACUUGAAUGAAACUCUAGAAUCAGAGACUUCUCUUAUAUUAACUAAAGAAGAAACACAUAUUGGCAUCCAACCCACAAAAAAAUCAAUGGAAGCAAAAAGUGAUGUAAAACUAACAACUGUUCUCAUUCCAAAAGAGCUGCUCAAGGAUCAUCAAGAACCUACAGACAAUGAUGACAAUGGGGUUGUUAUGCCUGACCACAGGCUAGAGGAUCCUAGCAUAAUUCCAGAACUAGAUGUAGUUAAAGUGUCAAAGCCAUUCAUAGAGCAGAAUGCUACAGCUAGACCAGAUAAAGCAGUAACCUUAUCUGAAAGGAAAAGGCUAACAACUUCAGGAUAUAUAAAAGGCCCUGAAACACCACUGUUUACAGUAAUGGAUAAAACUAAAAUGGUGCACACUGAUUCAACAAAGUUGAAAGUGAAAGAAGAACAUACAGUAACACCUACUGAUUUUGAGUCAAGAUUAAUUCCAACUUUGUUACCAGUUGAAAGAACAUCACCCUCUACAUCUGAAUCGCCCCUUGUGGAACUAACAAGUGUCACUUCCACUGUAGCAGGGUUUUUAACCAAAGAUCAAGAUGAAGUAGCAUCUACAACACAGAUGCAAGAAGAAAAGACUGAAGGAAGAACAGAUCAGAAAUAUGAUUGGACUUAUGAAGGAAGUUCUCCUGAGGAGCAACCAGAGUUAGGAAUUCCCAGAGAAAGAACAACUAUUUCCCCAGCACUACACACUGAAGACACAGCAGGCAUAGACCAGGAUGUAUUUACAGAUGCAUCAGCAAUGACACCAUCUGGUAUAACAUCAAAGAAAGAACCCAGCAUUUUCCUGGUUCCUGAGACCUCAGAAGAUACACUUGCUAAAGACAUAGUUACCAUAAAUAUUCGUACAGGUGCCACAGGAACACCACCAGAAUUUACAACAGUUUUUGGAGAGGAACCCACUACUGUAGAGCUAGUUAUGGAAAAACUGGCCACUGUUUUCAAUUUGACAGUAGUGCCUUCAAAGCUACCUUUAGCACCAGAACAUGAUGUAGCUGAAGGAUCUGCACAUGAUGAAAAAUAUGCAAGUACAAAAGCUGUAGACCCAGGUCUGGAAAUACCAGGUUAUGAAACCGUCACAACGUCUGAAUUGUCUCCUGAAAAAGAUGCUGUUACUGAAGAAAAGCUGCAACAUUCUGAUGUUCUUCCCACAAAGCCAAGUAUAAAAAGUGAAAAUGAAACAUCCACAGUCAAGUUUAUAAGCCCUUUCCCUACAAAGGUUAUUAUUCCUUCUACUGAUGGGGGGAAAGUAGAGGCUCCCACAACUCAAAGCCCAGAAGGUUCAGGAACAACAGAGGAGGCCAUAGAAACAGAGCCUAUUUUAUUUCCAGCUUUUGCUACAAGUAAACCAACAGUGGUAAGUGGGGCAAUAGACAAACUCCUACCAACUUCAGCAAUGAAACCUUUAAGUACUAAAACACAGCCACCUUUAAUAUACAAAGAACCUGAUGAGGAUACAAGCAUAGAUGUACAAAUAAUUGAUGAAUCUAUUUCUCCCAUUAAAACUACUGCUGAUGAUGAUUUUGUGGGCAAAACAACAGAACCAGAAAUUGAUACAGAAUAUUUUACAUCAUCGAGUGUCACUGCAGUUGAACAGCCCACAGGACCACCUACAGAGGUUUUAGAGUCUCAAGAAGAGCCUCCUUCUACUUCCGAUAAUGACGUUGGGUUAGAAAGCCAACCUGACAUAAAAGUGUUUGUUGUUGCUAUCUCAGGCAAUGAUACAGAUCCAUUAUAUGGAGUUUGGGAUUUAUUUGGUUUCCCACAUGAAAUAGAUGAACCCCCAACAGAUGCCGAAUCAACAUCUGAUGAACCCUGUACAUCAGCCCCUGAUGAAGAGUCUGCAGAAAUCUUAAUUGUGGACCAUCUUUACCCAGGAAUAUUCAGUCUUGGAGAUGAAGAUGAUGAUGAUGAAAGCUGUGAAAAUACUACCGAUGUCACAACUCCUCCAGCUUUGCAGUUUAUCAAUGGAAAGCAGCAAGUGACUACUGCACCAAAAGAUACAAAAGCUGAAGAAGCAAGGAGUGAUCAAAUUGAAAGUCUAGCACACUCCAAAAAUGUGACAUUUCCACACACUAAUGAAACUAACAUGCUAUCUGAGCAUGAGGUCUUUGCUACAAUACAGCCUAAUGAAUCCACUGAAAUAAUGGGAGAAGCUGUGGCUACCCAAAAGGUAAUAGCAGAAUCUGUCAUGACAGAACUGUUCUUUAGUGGGGAUUCAGAGAUAUCUACUACAGAUAAAGUGCUUCAAGUAACAUCUUUACAUGAUGAAUCAGAUGCAACAGAAAAAACAGAGUUUGGAACAGAUUUUAAUCAAAUCUUAAGUAAACACCCUAAUGUUUUUUCUUUACUUAAUGCAGAACAUUCAGGAGAUUUUACUACCAUGUCUAAGUUAAACAAUUAUGCAGUUUCUCACACAGCUAAGCCAAGACUAAACGAAGAUUCUAAAAGAUUUUCUGCUACAAUUUCUGCUGCAAGUAAGUUAUCUCCUUCCACCACUGUAAGCACAGGUAUCAAUGACAAUACAUCAUCAAAUGAAGCUUCUGUUCUACCUGAUUAUAAAUCAACAGUUACAGUAAAUACAUUUUCUUAUGUUAAAAAAUUAUUAGAAACUACAGGAAGUCCCAGUUGGUUUCAUAUAUCAGAAGGCUCAGGAGAUGUUCAGGAAGAGAAUUCUAAAUCUACAACUAUGCUAAUAAAGACAGAAAAGAUUCCUGUUCAGGAAAUUUUCUCAGAUGAUGGCAGACAAAUCUCUACAAAAAGUAACAAUGAUUUUUCUUUGUAUAAAGCCACUAACCCUACAUCUGAACACAAUUCUGUAGAAACAAUUACUAUCCAGGCUAUAUUAAGCUCUUCAAAAAAUGUAGAAGUGGAAGAUAACAGGGAAGAUAGUACAAACACAAUUUCUCCACCUACUGCUGAGUCUGAGAAGAUGCUGCUCAGUAAUGACUUGAAGGAUGCCAGAGAUAGUAACCAAAUUGUGACCCAAGAACCAAAAACUCACACCACAACAAUAUCAACAACUGAUUUUUCACCUUUCCGAGCCAAAGAAGACACAGAGAAGAGACUGGCCAUAGAUGAAGAAUCUGGAGAUGGAUCUACAGAUGUUUGGAAGAAACCUAGCACGAAUAUAAUUUUGGGGGGUCCCACAGAGAAAGUGGUAAGUACUGACUCCCCAUUUAUAGAUCCAGGUUCUGGAGAAAUUGAUGUUAUGUAUGGAACUACUACACAAAUUUCAUUCCCACUGAAACCUGAAAGCACUGACACACAAGUGAAGGAGAUAGACAUUUUUAACACCGGUGCAUCAUCAUCAGAAUAUGCAGUAGUUAUUGAUCCUACAAUGAAAGCAUUAGAUAAUGAAUCAGAUAGAAGAGCCAUAACAGAAGGUCAAGUAUCAAAGAAUGCAUUUAAUAACCACCAAGGGUUACAACAUGAAUCAGAUGCAGUUCCCCAGUUGACAUUUAGUAAAAAGUCAAUUGUGGAGUCAAGUGAAAAAGUGACAUUUCCCACAGCAAUGGAAGAAAAAAUGGAUGUAUUUGCAACAUCUGGUUUGAUAACAUCCAUGGAGCCUGGUUUGAUAACAUCCAUGGAGCCUUUGAAAAACAUUAAUCCUGACACUGCUGUGACCCAUAGUGUUGGGACUAUAAUGUCAGUAGCUGAAUUAAGUGAAAAUGAUAGUAAGGAUAAUAUGAUCAUUUCUGCCAGUAUGUCUACAAUACAGACAAAUGAAACAAGGGAAUCUGCUCAGCUAGAAAAGUCAAGUCAUCUUUUCCCAACUGUAUUUACAGAUAAAACUGGCCUUGUAGAUGUGGGCUCAGGGGAGAAACCAAGAGAUGACAGACAUAGUGUGGUACUAGUUCCUUAUGGUCCCGCAGAAAAAAUAAUUCAUACUAAAUUUCCAUUGACUGAAGAAGGUUCUGGAGACAAAGACUAUUUUCCAGAAUCCCCUACACAAACAACAGUUUUAUCACAAUUUUUGAUAGAAAGACCUGUAACUCAAACCAUGAAAAGUGGGAGCAGCACGGCAUCAGACCAUCAGUUGUUUACAGACACACCUACAAUAUUAGAUAUAAAUAGUGACCCUAUGACUCCCUCAACAAAUAAAGGUACUGUAAGAGACAUUUUUAAUAUAGUCAACAUGGAAGCAGAAACAUCAGUUGAAUUAGAGGUGAAAGACUUUGCUACAAAUGUACCUGCCGAAUACGAAAUUAAUUCUGUUGAAGAAAGUUCUGAAUCACCAGGAAAAAUGCCACACACUUCUACAGCAAUCACACAAGGAUUCUUAACUAAAAGAACAGAAUAUACUACUGAACAGCCAGGAAGAGCUCUUGAAGUUACGCCCAACAUAGAAGAGAUAAAAGCUGAUACUAAAUCACAUGAUGUAACUCUCACAUUUAAACCCCAAACAUUUCAAAACAAAACCAUCAGGAUUUCACCAGUAGUAGAAGAGAAAAACGAAUGGUUGGAACAAAAUGUUCAUCCUACUGAAGGUAGCCAUAAGGCUUUUUCCAUAUCUACAGCGUAUAGACCCAUGAGCACAGUGAUCAGUAAUACUCAAUUUUUCUCAGAACAAGGUUCUGGAGAUGCUUUUUUUACUGUUCCGUCUACUACAGUAAACACACAUUCUGCUGUAAGUGCAAACACAUUAAAUAAUUAUAUCCUUCCUCCUCAAAGUUCAGCACAAACCUUUGCAGAGGGUAACAUAAACGAAUUAGAGAAUCACACCACCAAAUCAAAUAAAGAUUCUGACAAUGACAUUAAAUAUCAUCAUACCAUAACAGAGGCAUUUCCUACAGCAAGUGACAAAAGAAUCCCUACAACAUCAAGCCUAGAUAUCAGGGCCACUGACACUGAAGCAUCUACCUGGAAGCAGUUCAUUUCUGAAAAUGAGCAAAACCAAAAGAAUGCCUUUGAAGAGGAAGAAAAUAUAUCAGUACUGGCUGCUGCUGAUAGAAUAUCCCAAAGGGAAACCUCUCUUGUGAUAAAACAUGAACAUACAACUUCUGCUUCAGAAUUAUUCACUGGAACCUCUACUCAUAGAAUAGCUGAAACAUCUAAAGUCACCUCAAAAGCUACAGUGUUGGAUGUAACAGGUCAUGAUGGUUCUGGAGAAGGCUCUGGCUGGCUGGACAGUUUGGCAAAACAUUCUGAAUCACCUACUCAAUUGCCAGAAAGGGAAAUAUCUUUUACAUUUCAUACCCCUCAAGAAAAUUAUUCAGAUUUUGUAAAUCCAGAUAUAGCUGUGAAUGGAACUCCGACAAUGUUAAUACCAUCACCCAGUCAGAGAGAAGAAAAAGAACCACUACCAGCCUCAGAUGGUGACCUCUUAGAUACAUUUGCAGAUGAAAGUUCUACGAACAGCAUAAAAGACUAUGAAGAGCUAAUUCCAAUAGCAGCUGACAAAAGAAAUUAUUCUGGGGAGAGCUCUAGCUUUAUGGAUAUUACAGAAGACAAUGGAAUAAUAACUGAUGAAACAACAAUUAUAGAUGCUGACAAUGUGAAAUCAAAUGUUGAAGACAUAAGUGCCCAAACAACUGUGAAUUCUGAAACAUACUCAAUAUAUGGUAUUUACACUUCAACAGUAGAAAGCCAGAAUGCAACACCUGCCAUUAUUUUAACUAAUUAUAAAUCUGGUGUCUCUGCCGAUAGCCAAGGAAGUUCUGUAACCAGUAAGUUUAUAUACAGUGAACCCAUACUAUCUGAAAACACGCCAACCUCAGAUGAUGUGGGUUCAGGAGAACUAAUACCUUUCACAAUCUCUCAAUCUUCCCCCAUCUCUCAAGAGCUACCUCAAAUAACCACUUCACUUCCAACCCUGUCAUUUCUAAUAAGUUCUGCUGUAUCAUCUCCAACCAGCUUCAGUGCUGGUGAAAAGGAGAAUGGGUUUGAAACUAAAGACACAGAAUCCAAAAGUACAGUAAAAGACAAUUCUGAAUUACAAACAUUAUCAGACAACCAAGCAAUAGCUGAUGAAAGUGAAAUUGCUCCUAUCAAUAGAACUUCAGGAAAAGAACAAGUAGACUUUGCUGAGAAGAAACACAUAGCUCCAUCCCCCACUUUGUUAUACCUACCUCUUAAACCAGAACAAGAUGUGACCACUCACAGAUCUGAAGCAAGAACUGUUGCUACACAGCUUGUCUCCCAAAGUGUAUCAAAUUCAGAAGAAACAUCUCAGGAGACUUAUGAAGACAUGAAAACUACAACUACAGAAUCCAAAGAAACUGAUCUAGAUAAUUUUUUACUAGUAACACAAACACCAAAGGUGCCUGUCACUGUCUAUUUACUCAAUGGAGUCUCUGAACACUCUGAAGGAAUUACGCCAAGUACUUCAUCAUCAUUUGAUUUUGAUAAGCAUGAUUCAUCAGUGGUACAAACUUUUAGAGAAGCUAGUGCUGAUGUUGCAGCUACUUACAAACCUUCACUUAAUGAGUCUUCAGUUAACACAGGGUUUCCAUUAGGCCCCUCAUCCAAAUGGAAAUUUGAGACCAAACUCUCUGAAAGCACGCCUGUUUCUAGUGACCAUAUAGCAGAAACAACAGAAAAACUAGGAAGUUCAGAAGAACUGAUUACUGCAGAAGAAACCAAUGUUUCCAGAGAGUCUCUUUCAAAAGAAGUGAAUCCAACAAUGUUUAUAUCAUCAGGCACUGAAACUUCAGAAACUAGCUCAGAAGAAGGACCUUCUUCUGAGAAGUUAAAGGAGCUAAAUCAACUAGAUGGAAAUAGUGCUGAGGGAGAUCUGCCAUGGAUACACACCACACCAUCUUCUGUGCCACAUGAAAGUAAAACAGGUGGAGUCUUUGGUACUGAUGGGGAAACAGAUGCUUGGCCAAUUUCAUCCCCACCAUCUAUGGAUACAGUUGUGGAGCUCCAGUUCACUCAGAAGGAAUCAACAACAUUUCCAUCUAAUGCUGCAGCCAAAACCCCUGACCCUGAGAGUAUACCUGAAUAUAACAAGCAGACAAGAAAUACAGAGGAUAUAAAUGCAAGUGAACUUAUAACCCCACCAUUUUUACUUUUGGAUGUUACUAAUGGAUCAGAUUUCCUAAUUCGCAGAGGUGGGGGAUCAGUAGAAGGCACAGCAGUUCAGAUCCCAGGUCAAGAUCCAUGCAAAAGCAACCCAUGUCUACAUGGGGGCACUUGCUACCCAAGAGAUUCUUUCUACAUCUGCACUUGUAUGCCAGGUUUCAGUGGUGACCAGUGUGAAGUAGAUGUUGAUGAAUGUCAAUCCAGCCCUUGCAGAAAUGGAGCCACAUGCAUCGAUGGAGUCAAUACGUUUACCUGCCUUUGUCUUCCAAGUUAUGUUGGAGCUCUUUGUGAAAAAGACACAGAAACAUGUGAUUAUGGGUGGCACAAAUUCCAAGGGCAGUGCUACAAAUACUUUGCCCAUCGCAGGACAUGGGAUGCAGCUGAGAGAGAAUGCCGCCUCCAGGGAGCCCAUUUGACAAGCAUCUUGUCGCAUGAAGAGCAGCUCUUUGUGAACCGCUUAGGGCAUGACUACCAGUGGAUUGGCUUGAAUGAUAAGAUGUAUGAAAGUGACUUCCGCUGGACUGAUGGCAGUGUACUGCAAUAUGAAAACUGGAGGCCAAACCAGCCAGAUAGUUUCUUUUCUUCUGGUGAAGACUGUGUUGUUAUAAUUUGGCAUGAAAAUGGCCAGUGGAAUGAUGUACCAUGCAACUAUCAUCUCACCUAUACUUGCAAGAAAGGCACAGUGGCCUGUGGCCAGCCACCCAUUGUAGAAAAUGCAAAGACUUUUGGAAAGAUGAAGCCUCGCUACGAAAUUAACUCACUGAUCAGAUACCACUGUAAAGAUGGUUUCAUCCAGCGCCAUGUUCCAAUCAUCCGAUGUCAAGGGAAUGGUCGAUGGGAUUUGCCUAAAAUUACCUGCAUGACUCCAUCCUCAUUCCAAAGGACUUAUUCUAAGAAAUAUUAUUAUAAACAUUCUUCACCAGGAAAGGGAAACUCAUUUAAUUCAUCAAAACAUUUUCAUCGUUGGAUCAGGACAUGGCAAGAUUCAAGGCGCUGAAUACACACUGAUGAAAAGGGGAAGUUUGCCAUGCUAGCCAAAGUCCUAGCUUACUGUGCCUUUGAAAAAGUCAAUUAUUAGAGUAUUACCAAGCAUUUUUUGGAAAACUUAAGGACUGUAUAUAUCAGUGAUUGCUACAAAUGAAAGUUUUGAAAAGGGAACCAUUUCCAGCCUAUCUAGUGCAUUAAUUUCUACAAAAUUGUGAGGGACCAGUUGAUUCUAUAUCCCAGCAUCCUAUAAUAAUUAAACUCUUCCAUUUAGCACCAAUGAUAAUGUAAAUAAGAUGAUUUAAUGGUGUUGAAGUGUGUGUUGUUUUGAAAGGGGAAAAAACCUGUACAUACAAUGAGAUGUCACACUAAGUUCAGGCUUAUUUAUGGCUAUUUGGCCUCAGAGGUCUUUAAUCAUUUAUUUUGUUUGUUUUGAGGUACAUCAUCAGGCUGGGAAUAGUUUUAAAUUGUUGCCUGCUCUCUCUUUUCAUAAAUGUGGGAGAAAAUGCCUAUUUCUACAUGAAGAUGAACAAUGAAUGGAGCAUCUUGCUUAAAGAACAUUGCUACUCCCCAACAGAGAACCAAAUGAUGUGAUCUGACUUAAGAGGCAUGACAAUUGGGAACAACCCUGAAGAAGGGACUGCAAUAUGGAUCUUGACUUUUGUCCUUUCCAGCUUGGCACUGAUGAAAAGGGACUUGCUUGGAGGACUUCAUCUUCUUCUUCUUCUUUUUAAUGACAAGGAGGGCCUGUAGGAAUAACAGUAAUAAUAAUAAAGUGCUAAUACAGUAAAUCUCAUCCAGGGCCACUUUUUAAAAAGAUAAUUUUUACAACACUAACCGUGGGUCUAUAUUACAGCUCUCUGCAUUUUAAGAUGGAGAUAGACCUACCUUUUUUGUAAAAAAAAAAUUAAAAUAAAUAAAAAAGUAAAUAAUUUUGUAUAUAUAAAUAUAUAUAAUCAUUUUUAAUCCUUUUAUAAAGUAAUGAAUGUUUGUGUAUGGAUGCUGCAGCUGUGACGCGUACAUAAAUAAAUGAAGUAAGCCAUACUGAUAUAAUUUAUUGGAUGUUCUUUUUAUCUUGAAAUAGCUAGGUAUCUUACUGAGAGCUACUGAGUUCCUCUGAUGCAUUUGAAAGAACCAGAUUUGGCUUCAAAUGUUUUUGACUUUUGGGGGAAGAACCUCCUAAUAAAUGGGAUCAUUUGUUUGUGGGGAUCUGACUGAGAACUGAGUUACUUGUACACAAUCAACUUUGUUACCUGUGAAUAAUUAUUUAUGCCCCCGUACAAAUAUUGUCAGUUUUUCUUUAUAGUAGACACAACUGAAGAUUUGUGUGUUGGGAGUGGGAGAAUAUGUUUGAUCCAGUUCUGGUGGAGUACAGUAGCUGCAGAAAACAAUAUUUUAAAAGGACAGAUUGCAUGCUAUAUCUCUGGACCUGUCCCAUAUACCUGAUGGGAAGCAAGUAUGCCUUCACUCUUCAAUUAUCUGGGAUGCUUGCCUUCUACCAAAGAUACCAACAUCCCUGCACCAGCAUAAUGUUCCAGUCUGGGUUAGUAUAUUAAAUCUAACAUAUAUAGGCCCAGAUUAUUUUUGGAUUUUUUCCCUUGGUAUAUUAAUCACAUAAAAAUGGACCUAUAUAUUUCAGUUAUAUUUCAGUUUUCUCUGAUAGGCGUAUAGGAUAGAUUUGGGAACAGCUAUUGUCUAAUACAGCCUACAGCUGGACGUCCUCUCAAUAAUCUGUUUGUUUUUAGUAUGAUUGGGAAGGGAGGAUUGGAAAAGACUUGUGCUUUAGAACGGCAUUAUUUUUCAAAAAUAUUCUAGUUGUAUCAGUGCAUGUGAAGUUUGUAAGGAGAGUAGAAGAUAAUAAGGGCUAGCUCGUAGACUGCCUUCUUCAUAAUAUAAUCCUGGUAUAUGUUUUUAGUAUAUGACAUAGAUGUAGCUGUGAAUGGGCUCUCUGUGUACACUCACAUAUCAAGAAAUUGGCCCUGGUUUGGUGAAGCAAGGAGAUUUUACAUGUCAAUUUUGUAUGACAAAUAUUUCCUUUUGAAUGCAACCUCAAUUUGUAUUUACCAAAUACAAAUACAAAUAGGUAUUCUGUGUGCAGUAUAAAAUUUCUCACCACCUAAAUUCUCUUUUGGAGAAAUUAACUCAUUCUGAGUUAACCUGAGGUGACUGGAAAGUAAGCAGAUCUUAUACUGUGUGAAUUUAUGUGAGAUUCAUACAUCUGUUUUGCCCCUAUGCUAUCAUUUUUAUGCAAAAAAAGAAGAAUGUCCAAGGAACUGGGUCAUGUGAAAUAGCUAAAUGUAGAUACCAGCUUCAAGGCUGCAAUGCAAACAAAAAGCUGGAGCCUGUGCAAGUUGGUGAUGACCCAUUUUGGAAGCAGUAAUAGAUCUCUCUAUGUGAUAAACAAUAAUAACCAGCAAAAAAAAAAAAAGGGGGGGGGACCUCACUAUAUUAUGAGAGGAAUCUGAAUAAAAUAUUCCAUUUUAAAACAAAAUGCUGUUAAUUGAUAGUUGGUGGCUGAACUUACUUAGCAAAGGUGUACAGUGAAGACAUUUAGGCAUCUGUCUUGCCAUUUCGCUGACAUAUGCUAACUUUGGCCUGUUACAGACUGCCAAAAUAAAGCUGCUUCGGGUCUCUUUGGAGGUAUGCUAU